GUGAAUGUGAUGGAAUGCAUGGAAAUUGGAGGCAAGAAAGGUGAGCUGAGAGAUCGUCAUUUUUGUGUUUAUCGAAAGUCGACGUGUAAAUAUAUGACCAUGAAACAGUGUCCACGACUAGUGAUCAUCGAUGGUGACGUAAGAAAUGGAAUGUUAACCCUAACAACCCCAGAACAUGAACCAAUUCAAGUGGACAUUCACAAAGUUCUGGCUGCAAAUCAGAUUGUUAAUGUGAAAAUGUACGGUGAUUUGAAAAAUGAAGGUCUUGAUUGCGGACAAGAAGUUGGCAGUUGGCUUGAGAAAGUUUUGCAUGAGGACGAUCAGCUUGGUUUACUUCACUACAGAGAUGGACUUCACAGUGAGCGAUGGUCACAUCGUGGAUACAGAUGGUUUUUUGGUAUAGCACCAAUCAGAGACAAGAUCGCCUUUCCUUACUUGGCGCCAUAUUUAUGUGUCUCACGUGCAUCGAUUGAAGACGUAAAAUCUCGUUUGCCAGAUGAUAAGGAGAUAAGCGCGCGUAAUUUUCGAGCUAAUAUCGUGAUCGAUGGAUGCGCACCGUUUGAUGAGGACUGGUGGAUGGAACUCAAAAUCGGUGAAGUUGUGUUUGAGUGUUACGAGUCAUGUGAUAGGUGCAUGAUCACAACAAUUGAUCCAUCAACUGGUUACAAAGAUCCGGAUAUGCAACCGUUGAAAGCACUUCAACAAUAUCGAUUAGCUCCAGAGGGUAAGCUUCGAGAGCGCUGUGGGCAAUGUCCGCUGUUUGGCGUUUAUUUGGGAGUUGAUCAUUCCGGUACAAUUCACGUUGGUGANGAUAGUCUCAAAGCAGAAUUCUCCUUCAGUUCAGCAGUGAUAGAGGACCGUAUCCGAAUAAGCGUUGAAACACGCCACAUUCAAAAAGUACGUGUCUUUUUUCGAAAUUGA